UCUGCUAAUAUGUUCUAACUGAUACGUGUAUGAAUCAAUCUGCUUGCUCCUGAUUCUCCCUUCUCUCUCUUCCCUACCCUUCUAGCCGUCCUGCAGAAUUGCUGAACCAUUUUCCCGCUAGGCAAUUUUUUCUCAGUUCAUAUUCGUAUUUUCAUCAUUCGCUCUUCGUAUUUCAUUGUAACCACUUUGGAAAUAUGACAACGAUAAUAAUGCAUUGGUUUGAUCGCUAAAACUUUUACAAGUCACAAUGUCUUAAGAUCGGCUAAGGGGGAGGGCUGAGCACCAGUCCACCCACCCAGUCUGCGAUGCCGUUAUUGUCACUCCUGGCGGUGUCGCGAUGUCCCAUGUCUUCGUUUAUUUACUUUUGACAGAAUUCGCUGAAAAUGGAUGCAAAUCCGGCCUUUUCCUUGUCUUUUCUAUACCGAAAUGAUCCAAUUUACUCCCGGUGUGCCUCAGAUUUGAUGACUGCCUCCCUAACAGUCAACAAUAACUUCAUCAAAGAGCAGAAACAACUCAUGAAGACCCUGAGGCAACUGGAACAUGAGCGUGUCACACAGAAGCGACGGCUGGAGGAGGAACAGAAGCAGUUUGCGUUCGUUAUGAGCAGGCGUCUGCGCCCGCGGAACAUACAGGCAUCAGCCAGCACCAUCACAUCAGCCAGCAUCUCGGCCCGCCGCCCUGCCAGGUGUACCCGCUCUGCCCCGCCAGCCUUGUCCACACAGAGGCAUGAAGCCAGGGGAAGGAGCUGGGAGCCAAGAGAUGCUACACAUGGGCAGUGUGAGAUGAUGACCCACUUAUGCCACUUGACCAGGUCUCUUCACAUGUGCUCAGAAGACAGCACCAAACCAAUGGCAACUGAUAUUGUGAGAGGCGGUGGUGGCAGCUCAGAAGGAAAGAACCAACAAGAGAGCAAAAACCCAAGAGGACGAAAUGCCAGAAGCUGUCCUCCAUCCCUGCAGAGGAGGGCUGAACACACAGAGACAGUCUGCUUGGACAUAAACCACCAUGCCAAAUAAUGGGACUGGUCUUUUUUUUUCCUCGAGAGAAUUGUUUGAGUGACAUUGCAGAUUCUCAUUGGAAAAGUUCAACUUACUACACCAAAGCCACAUGUGAACAGUGCACUGCAGGGGGUAGGACAUCAAUUCAGCAGGAGAGGAAGACCUAUCGGCCAAGGAUUUCAGGAAUAGCUUAGUUUAAUUAGCUUAGUAUAACUCAUUAGAAAAAUGAGAGGUAUUCAGCUGGUUGCAAUCUGCAGCCUCACCACUAGAAGCCAUUAACCUCACCACUAGAUCCCACUAAAUCCUACAUGCUGUACCUUUAAUUGGAAGGUCUUCUGUCUGGAUCAAUCUCUGCGUUUGUCUCCAUCAUAACAGUAUUUAGCUGCUCCAUGACUUAAUUCAAAAUUACUCUACUCAACUCAACUAGAUAUGUAGUGAACAGAACAAGCUAAUUAAGGCAAGGUUUUACAGUGGUACCUUGCGAUCGACUGAUCACAGAGGACAGCUGUACUCCUCCAGCAGAACUGCUCUAUCAGUAGACUAAGAUAGAAAGUAAUAUAAUGUAAGAUAGAUGGUUAUCUUACUGUGCAAGACAACAGUGUCUUCAUUUCAUGUAAAUACACCUGGUUUUAAUAAUACUUUGAAUUGUACAUUUUUUUGUAUAUGAUUUUUUGGUGCCAAAAAGCUACUUACUGCCCAUUAAAUCAAAAUCUGCCCUUGAUCAAUUUCUGAUAUCAUAACACCUUUUAAAAUCAUAAACAAAAGGACUGACAUCAAUUUUUUUGUAAACUCAUUAUCUGUCUCUGUCUUCUGUGUAUGCAAAUAGUCUCAAGAACUCCUUUGAGCUCUGUGAUCAGCAACUACAAGUUGAAACAGGUCUUGCUACAAUAAACAAUCAGGAGACCUCCCUAUUUGACUGUUAUCCCAUUUGGUGCAUUCACUGCACAUUGCAGUUUGGGUAAUGGACCAAUGGUAGUGGCUAAUCCUGGCAGCAAUUAACUUUAUAAAAUCGUUAUAUACAUUGGUAAUUAGUAUUGUUACGUGUCAGAGUGAUUCCAGCCCUUUUUCCUUUCUUUUACUUUCAGAAUAAAGAUCUCCCUUGUCUAGUCACCACUCACUCACCUAGACUAACAUAGCCGAAUUGCCACUCUGAGUCAUCAAGCUAAUACUGUGACUCACAGAGGGAAGUACUCUACAUGCACGCGCAACUCAGACAAGACAUUUCAAAACGACUUGGUGAAAUGUCAGUAAGCAAGUAAGUAAGUAAGUUAGUAAUCCUAACAACAACAACAAGACUACCGUUAACUACAAUCACGAACAGGUAGCAGGUCACCUGUUCUUAUAUAAGCGUAGGGUAGCUUGGCACCUUUGGUAACCCAUAACGCGCCUUUGGCAUCUUCCUCUUAACCGCUGAAGAUAAAAGAAGCCGCAGAAAAAUAAAUCUAUAAACCUCACUAGUGCAAAUAGAAUGAUAGAAUGAGUCUCGUGCUUCGUGUUGCCUUCUAAUACAUUUUAACAGUUAGACAUUGCAUUGAACAUUCCUAACCUUUCAGUGUCCACACAGUCCCACACAAAGCUUGAACGUGGUGACAUCACGAUGUAUGACGCACUUGGAUAAAUCUCUCUCGCCAUACAGUAGCGUUGCGCAUGGUUUAGUGGCGGUAGAAAGUGUAACUGAACUGUAAAUGUAGAAAUAUGGGUAACAUGUCGAGUGGAAGUAAAUGAGCCAUUAAGCGAAAGAGUGGGCGGCUAAAUUCUGAUGACAGCAGACCCAGAGAGACUCUGGUGGUGUCGAAGGAAUAAAAACAGACUUUGACUUGUGCGCCCUAGAGUAAAGGUGGACGAUGGGAGCCGUGCUGGGGGCCUUUUCUGUCGCAAAUUGGAUUCCAUGUUUGUGCAGUGGAGCAACGUGCCUGAUGUGUAGAUGUUGCCCACGCAGCAAGAACUCCAUUGUGACACGCGUCAUCUAUGCCUUCAUCCUGUUGCUAGGCACUAUCAUCGCCUGCAUCAUGCUGUCUCCGGGGGUGGACCAGCAGCUGAAGAAGAUACCGGGCUUCUGUGAAGGGGGUGCGGGCUCUAACAUCCCAGGAGUCCAAGGCAGCGUGAACUGUGAGAUCUUUGUGGGCUACAAGGCGGUGUACCGGGUGUGCUUUGGCAUGAGCAUGUUCUUCCUGGCCUUCUCCCUCCUCAUGAUCAACGUAAAAAACAGCAAGGAUCCCAGAGCAGUAGUUCACAACGGGUUCUGGUUUCUUAAGGUUGUUGCCAUUGUGGCGGUAACUGCUGGUGCCUUCUACAUUCCUGAGGGGCCUUUCACCCGCACAUGGUUUACUGUAGGAGGGUUUGGAGCUUUCUGCUUCAUCUUGAUCCAGCUGGUCCUGCUUGUUGACUUCGCUCAUUCCUGGAACGAGUCCUGGGUGGACAAAAUGGAAAAGGAAAACGCCAAGGCCUGGUAUGCGGCCCUGGUGUCUGUGACUGCACUCAACUACGUCCUGUCCGGUAUUACCAUCGUGCUGUUCUACGUGUUCUUCGCCCAGCCAGAGUCCUGUGCCCUCAACAAGUUCUUCAUCAGCUUUAACAUGCUGUUCUGCAUCGUGGCCUCCAUAGUGUCUGUGCUCCCCAAAGUGCAGGAAUCUCAGCCGAGAUCUGGACUGCUGCAGUCCUCCAUCAUCACCCUCUACACCAAUUACCUCACGUUGUCUGCCAUGACCAAUGAGCCAGACCGCACAUGCAACCCCAACCUGCUGAGCAUCAUCCAGCAGAUGGCCGCUCCAACCGUCGCCCCCCUGGAGAUGGAGGUGGAGAAUCAGACGUCAGUCAUCAUCCUCGGCACGGAGGAACCCAUCCUCACCUCACCUUACCUGCAGUGGUGGGAUGCCCAGAGCAUUGUGGGCCUGGCCAUCUUCGUCCUCUGCAUCCUGUACUCAAGUAUCCGGUCGUCCAACAAUAGCCAGGUGAACAAGCUGAUCCUGGCCUCCAAUGACUCCUCCAUGAUGGAAGAGAGCUCCACAGGGAUCCCCGAGGAUGCUGAGGUGGAGAGUGGUGGCCCCAAGCGUGUGGAGGACAACGAGAGAGAGACGGUCCAGUACAGCUACGCCUUCUUCCACUUCAUGUUGUUCCUCGCAUCCCUCUACAUCAUGAUGACCCUCACCAACUGGUACAGUCCUGAUGCUGACUUCAACUCCAUGACAAGCAAGUGGACAGCUGUGUGGGUGAAGAUAACCUCGAGUUGGGUAUGUUUGACUCUCUAUGUCUGGACACUAGUUGCUCCGAUGAUCUUCACAAACCGAGACUUCAGCUAGGUGUUUAUCCUAGCUGUUCAGGACUACGGGAUGUCACUUACUGUCAUAUAUAUUAAUAUAUAAGUAAUUUGUUGGGAUUUUGUUGCCAAAUAUGUAUAAAGAAUUUCUGUGUUGUUUUUUGUGAACUACUAGACCUAGUUGCUUUCAUCUCAGUUAUGUUAUUUUUGUACUUUUGCACUAAUGCACUCUAAUUCAGACAAAAUACUUAAAUGUCUCAUGAUGUUCUGGGAUAAAACGGAAUCCUUAAGUUUUAAAUUCCAAGCAAAGACCAAGCUAUUAAUGUUUUUUUUUUCCUUUACAAAAUGUGACUGGAGAGAGGUCUCUUUCCUUUUGAGCUCUCAUUGUACAAGCCAAAUGGUUGGUAUGUUUUUAGUAGAAUUAGUAAGUCUUAGGACAGCUGCCAAAGAGCAGCUUUAACCUUGACUGAAUCAACCCCUUGAAGCUGCUACAUACUGGUAGUGUUGGUCCCAUUCCAUUCACAGCACUAUAUCCUCACACACUCACUACUUGCAUCUGUAUGUGCACUUACUCUGAAGACAGUAUUGAUUGAGUAUCUAUUGAAAUCAUAUUUUUUUAUUUAAAAGACCUAUGUAUAUUAUACUCCAUGGACAUUUACUUUUGAAUGUUUAAUGCUUUCAAAUGCAUUUCAAUUUGAAUGCAGUGUAUACUCACGUUGCUGUCGUACUUAAGCCCGUGUAGUUUGACACUAUGCCUUUUUUUGCCUUACCUUUGGACGUUUGAAUAUUUUAUGUUGUGAAUAACAGAGAGAAAUAUAAAAAAUAAACUAGAGAUAGCGUUCAUUGUAGAAAACGUAUUUUAGAACUUUAAGCUAUUUGAUAGUAUAUACUAUACGCUUGCCAAAAAUCUCUCCAACACUGAAACCAUCUGCAUCAUUUUAUCUUGAUGAUAGAUAGAUUUCUCAGUCACUUGUGCAUAUCAUAACAGCAAUUUGUCAUUGUUUUAAACCAUUUGCAAAUGCUUUUUACACUAAAAUAGGUAGCAAGCAAGUGUUAGCAGGCUUCAUUGUUUUAUUUUGUUGAGAUAUUACAAAUGAUCACUGUAUCAAAUGAAUGAAUCAUUCCACUGUGCCAGGCUUAAUUGCUUAGUAAAAGAUACAAGCAGGGCAGUCCUGAAGAGUUCUCAUUUAUAUCAAAUCGAUAUAAAAUAUGAUUUUUGAAUGUGUAAAAAAGAAAUGAUCCAUUUCACUUUUACCUCAAAAUGGUGGGAAAUAAAUCAUAAGGUAAAUCAAA